GUUCGUUCUAUAAAUAAAAAAUAUCCGCAGCAGCCAAGUCUCUGUUCGAAAGCGCUAGGGUUAACGAAUUCUUGUUCAUCACCUUCUAAGUGUGAAAAUGCCUCGUUAUGAUGAUCGAUAUGGUGGUAGUAAGACACGUCUGUAUGUCGGUCGCUUGUCUUCCCGGACACGUUCACGUGAUCUGGAACGCCUUUUCAGCAGAUAUGGGAGAGUACGAGAUGUGGAUAUGAAGCGCGAUUAUGCCUUUGUUGAAUUUAGUGAUCCCCGAGAUGCUGAUGAUGCUCAAUAUAGCCUAAAUGGACGGGAUUUUGAUGGAAGCCGUGUUAUUGUGGAAUUUGCAAAGGGGCAGGGGCCACGUGGAUCCCGAGAACUUUUGGGUAGAGGUCCCCCUCCUGGAUCUGGACGCUGCUUUAAUUGUGGCAUUGAUGGCCAUUGGGCCCGUGAUUGCAAAGCUGGAGACUGGAAGAACAAGUGUUAUCGUUGUGGAGAAAGAGGUCAUAUAGAAAAGAACUGCAAGAACAGUCCCAAGAAGAUAAAGCGUGGAAGAAGUUAUUCAUUAUCACCGGGUAGAUCACUCUCCCCUCGUCGUGGCAGAAGCCGUAGCCGAAGUUACAGCAGAGGCCGCAGCUACAGCCGGUCAAGAUCCCCAUUAAGGAGAGAGAGAAGCCUCGAGCGUGAAGAGCGAUCACGGAGCCCUCGCAACAGAAGCCCUGAGCCGAGGAAAAGUCCACCUCCCUCAAAGGGGAGAAAACGGAGCCUAAGUCCUGAUGAAGGUAGCCCCCAGGAGGCGAGACGCACCCCAUCUCCAAAAAAUGGUAGAUUGGCUGCUGAGCAAGAUGGGUCCAUUUACAGUGAGAGCCCUAGGAGAAAGAGCAGAAGUCCUUUUAGCCCUGAAGGAGAGUCUCCUGUCGGCAGGAGCUAUCCAAGUCCUGAAGCUAAUGGCCAUGGCCGCAGUGUCAGCCCUAAUGAUGAUAGGAGCCCUAUUGAUGAAGAUGGUGACAACCGCCGGUCUCCGAGAGCCAGUAUGUCACCCUGAAAUAUGUUUGCUGGAGAAAGUUAAAGUCUCUUUGCAUAUACAUGGGGAUCUAUUAGAAGAACAAAUACCUGCUUGUAUUCAUGUGCAUUUGCCAUAGUAAUUCAACUUCAAACUGGGUAAACAUUAUUGGGAUGAAUGAGCAAGUUGAAAUUUGUGAUGCUGAGAUUUGGGUUUUCGUCAAUUCUAAGAAUCUUUCUUUUUCUUUUUCUUUUUC